AUGGUUAUUAAACAAUCAUUAUCGUUUCUAUCAUCAAUGGCUAUUUCUAAUGUGAAAUCAAUUAAUAAGAAUGCAAAGAUUAUAAUUUUAGAAGGAAAUAUAAGUGCUGGUAAAACAUUCUUAUCAACGAGAUUAGGUGAACUAUUAAACUAUAAAGUAUUUUUAGAACCUACUACAACCAAUCCAUAUCUACAAUCAUUCUAUGAAAAUCCAAAGAAAUAUGCAUUGGAUAUGCAACUUUGGUUAUUGAAUCAGAGAUUUAAAACUUAUUUAUUGGCGCUGGAAUACUCGUUGGUCAAUGACAGUGGUGUCGUAUUGGAUAGAUCUGUGUUUAGCGAUUGGGUUUUCGCAGAGAACUGUCGGAAGGAAGGUCUGAUUUCGUCGGAUGGAUUCACUCAAUAUACAACCAUAAGAAAUAAGAUGAUCAGUCAAAUACCGAUACCGAAUAUCACUGUUUACUUGGAUGUUACACCAGAACAAUGUUUAAAUAGAAUACAAACUUUAAGAAAAAGAGAAUUUGAACAAUCUAUUCCAUUAUCAUAUUUACAGGGUUUAGAUGGAUGUUAUAAGAGUUUUUUGGAGGAAAUAAAGAGUAAAGGUUCGAAUGUUGUAACCGUUGAUUGGAGUAAGUUUGCUGAGAUCGAUACAAUUAUAAAAGAGAUUAAGAAUGACAGAUCGCUACCAUUAUCAGAGAAAUAUUUAAACCUUAUUAAUUUUGACGAUAUAAAACAAUCUAAUGGAAUGAAGAACUAUCUGGUAGAGGAAUUAAACUAUUUAAACAAAGAAACAAAUAAUUCAUCAUCGUCGUCAUCAUCAAACAAUACAUUCACAAAAGUUUAA